AUGUGGGGCGCAACCCGAGAGGGAGCGCGCGGCCCGGCUCCGCUUACGCCGCCCGGCGCGGGUUUCGUCCUGGCCGCGGGGCCCCAGACGCGCCCGGCUCCGGGGCCUCGGCCUCGCUCCGCCCAGCGUUGUGCACUCGAGUCCGGCCUUCGGGGGCUUCACCGGGGAGGAGUCUCACGGCCGGCGCCGGCCCUGGGCCUUGCCAGCGUCCCCGCGUUUCCCGCGCCCGGCCUCCCGCGGGGACGUGGCCCGGCCUCGGGGCCCCGCGCGCUCCGGCCCGGCCCCGCCGCCUCUCACCCAGCGCCGCCGUCCCCGCCAGGUCCCGAGGCCGGAGCGGCCGCCGGCGCCGCGGCCCCCGACGACCCCGCGCGCCCGCAGCUCCCGCGCCGCCCGCGCCUCCUGGACGAGGACCCCGCGGAGGCCGAGGACGACGGGGCGGCCGCGCCCGCAGCCGCGCCGGGGGACCCCGCGCCCGGCGCCCCCGCCCCGGAGCCCCCCGAGGCCGAGGGCCGGCCGGGGCCCAAGGCGGCGACGGCGGCGGCGGCGGGCGCGGGGCCCCCGCUCGGCUUCGAGGAGCCCCCGCCCUACGCGCCGCCCGACCCCAAGGCCGUGGCCCUGCUGUACCCGCCCUUCCCGCAGGUGCCGGUGCUGCUGCAGCCCGCGCCCGCGCCCGCGCCCGCCGCGCUGUUCCCGCCGCCCGCCGCGCUCUUCCCGCCGCCCGCGGGGCCCGGCGCCGCCGCCUUCUCCUUCCCCGCGUUCGGCAGCCCCGUGCCCCUGCCCGGCCUGCCGGCCCCCGCUGUGGAGCGCGGGCCCCCACCCAAGGACUACAUGGCGGAGUCGGUGCUGGUGACCCUGUUCUGCUGCCUGCUCACGGGGCUCAUGGCCAUGGUGUACUCCCACGAGACGCGUGCAGCCCUGGGCAGGGGGGACCUGGCCCAGGCCGAGGACGCAUCUCGGAAGGCUCGCUCGCUCGUGCUCUUCAGCCUGCUCUUUGGGACAUUUGUGUUCACCAGCUGGGUCAUCUAUGUGGCGGUGGCCCUCUUCCCCUGAGGAGACCAGGAACCAGGCCAAGUCCUUUCCCUGGCUCUGGUCUCUGCCUGUGGGCAGCCGCGGGGCCAGAGGAGAUCCGUGUGGCGCCCCUGUCCACGGCUGGCCCACGGAGGCUCAGGUAGUGGCCUCAACGAUCCUGCGACGGGUGACCAGCGAGUCCCUUCUCCCGGAGGACCAGCGUCUGACUGUCUUCAGAACCAUCUGGAAGGACACUGCCCUGUCCAGCUCAGCCAGGGGAUUGCGCUGCCGGGCAUUGUGGAGAGGGGCUGCCAGUGACCCCGCUGCAGCUCCUGGCUGGUUGGUCCAGGCAGGGGAUUGGGAUCUCACACCAACUACAUGUCCAGUGGGCUGGGCUGCAAGGUGGACAGUGAUACAUUCCAGCAGCGGCUCCCUGGCCUGGCCUCCCUUGCCCGGCCUCGCUUGCUGGGCCUCCCUGGCCUGCACACAAGCCAGGCCAUGGAGGCUGCUCCCGUUCCCCCCAGUCUCUGCUGGAAACUUCCCUCUCCCACUGCCUCUGCUUGUCACCAUCUCUCUCCAACUCUUCCUUUAUUUUCCAAAGAUGGAGGAUCCCCUGGCCCCCCGUCUGGAGAAGGCGCCCAGAGGGGGAGCCCCCAGCGCCUCCCCACGCUGAGAGACAGGAGCAGGGGAGGCAGCUGCCAUCUCCUGGGCCAGGGAAGGAGGAGCCCGGACACAGCCCCGGUGAUGGAUGGUCACAGAGCGGGAGGAGGAAAUCAGGUCUCCAGGGAUCAGUGGUUGAUGGACUCCAGUCCACAAGCUCUUCGCACUGAACUGAACUGAAUCUGAAUGGGAAGGUCCUCCAGACCAAAGUGCUGGCAGCCACUUGGCAGAUCUCCAUAAAGUGCAGACUGACACCUCCAUCCGGAAGUUUGGAGUUAUCAGACGCUCCCUGGUGAUGUAAUGAGGACACUGCCCAGGGAAGUGGGAGGUAAGAACUUAAGUCACUGAAGGGCACAGGCUCCGCCCUGGCCGGGCUGUUCUUGGUAUGUGUGGGUGUGGGGAGGGUAUUUGCAGCUGUUUAAAAAGUCUGCAGUGUGGAAACAGAAGAGACAAACGAUCCCACGGCUGUCUAGUAGUCCUUUAAGAAUAGAAUAAGAGAAACUAGUCAAGUGGCUGGAUAUAAAAUAAAUACACAAAAGUUGGUAGUAAUCAUAGUUAAAGGUAGGAAAAAAACCUAAAUUCCACUCAUAAAUAUUGACAAUACAUUCAAUUA